CGUUAGGCCUUUGCAGUAGGGAGUUGCUUGGUGGACCCCGCAAGUUUUCCUAUACUUUACAUGUUAAUUUUGUUUGACCAGGGAAGGCCUCCGUCUUGGUUUUUUAGCACCGUUAGCCCGAAUAAAUCUUUCCUUUUUGUCGACGGACCUUUACCUCGAAGUGUUUCCGGGCGUGGCGACCAGAGUUUUUGAAGAGGGAAGAAAGAGGUAUCGGCGAGUCCGGGAGCGGAGCUGAUGAUGCCGACGUUGCGGGACAGCACCAUGUCCCACCCCGGCGAAAAUUCCCACCAAGUCCGGGUUAAGGCUUAUUAUAAAGGGGACAUCAUGAUCACACAUUUUGAACCAUCCAUAUCAUACGAGAACCUUUACGGGGAGGUGAAGGACAUGUGCUCCAUGGACAACGACCAGCUCUUCACCAUGAAGUGGAUCGACGAGGAAGGUGACCCCUGCACCGUGUCUUCCCAGCUAGAAUUGGAGGAAGCUCUGCGCCUCUAUGAACUCAACAAAGACUCGGAGCUCAUUAUUCACAUUUUUCCAUGUGUACCUGAGAAACCUGGCAUGCCGUGUCCAGGAGAAGACAAGUCCAUAUAUCGCCGCGGCGCUCGGCGCUGGAGGAAGCUCUAUUAUGCGAGCGGACAUGCCUUUCAGGCCAAACGGUUUAACAGGCGAGCCCAUUGUGCCAUCUGUGCAGAUCGAAUCUGGGGUCUGGGAAGACAAGGUUACAAAUGCAUCAACUGCAAACUGCUGGUGCACAAGAAGUGCCAUAAACUGGUCACGAUGGAGUGCGGCAGACAGAUGAUCCAGGAACCAAUUAUGCCCAGCCCACCAUCGAGUCAGUCAUCAGACGCAGCUAAUCACCAAGGCCCUCAGAAUAAAGACUCCAGAGAAAGCUUGAAUUAUGAUGGAGUGGAGAAAGAGAGAGCAUUCAUGCACCCUAGCAGUGUGGCGCGGAGCAGCGGAGUCACUGGGAAGUCGACCUCCAGCCUGGGCCUGGCAGACUUCGAGCUGCUACGGGUGAUCGGCAGAGGCAGCUACGCUAAGGUGCUGCUGGUGCAGCUGAAGAAGACGGAGCGCAUCUACGCCAUGAAGGUCGUCAAGAAGGAGCUCGUCAAUGAUGAUGAGGACAUUGAUUGGGUCCAAACGGAAAAGCACGUCUUUGAGCAGGCCUCUAAUCAUCCGUUCCUGGUCGGCCUUCACUCUUGUUUUCAGACAGAAAGCAGACUCUUCUUUGUUAUUGAAUAUGUAAAUGGAGGAGAUCUCAUGUUUCACAUGCAAAGACAAAGGAAACUCCCAGAAGAACACGCUAGAUUCUACUCGGCAGAGAUCAGUCUGGCGCUCAACUAUCUCCACGAGCGAGGAAUCAUUUACAGAGACCUGAAACUGGACAACGUGCUGCUGGAUUCAGAGGGACACAUCAAACUUACAGACUACGGAAUGUGCAAGGAGGGCUUGAGACCGGGCGAUACGACAUGCACUUUUUGUGGUACCCCCAAUUACAUCGCUCCUGAAAUACUCCGAGGAGAGGAUUACGGGUUCAGCGUGGACUGGUGGGCGCUUGGUGUUCUGAUGUUCGAGAUGAUGGCGGGCCGGUCGCCGUUCGACAUCGUCGGCAGCUCAGACAAUCCAGACCAAAACACAGAAGACUACCUCUUCCAAGUUAUAUUGGAAAAACAGAUCCGAAUCCCCCGCUCGUUGUCAGUAAAAGCUGCCAGCGUUCUCAAAGGAUUCCUCAACAAGGACCCCAAGGAGCGUCUGGGCUGCCAUCCUCAGACGGGCUUCGGGGACAUCAACGGCCAUCCGUUCUUCCGAAACGUCGACUGGGAACUUCUGGAGCAGAAGCAGGUGGUCCCUCCGUUCAAGCCCAACAUCUCAGGGGAGUUCGGGCUGGAUAACUUCGACGCCCAGUUCACCAAUGAGCCCAUCCAGCUCACGCCUGAUGACGAGGAUGUGGUGAAGAAGAUCGACCAGUCUGAGUUUGAAGGCUUCGAGUACAUCAACCCCCUGCUGAUGUCUGCAGAGGAGUGCGUGUGAGAGACCUGACCCCUGUCCUCAUGAACACCACCCACGCGCGCGCACUUCUACUACGAGUUUACGUGGCGUCUCAGUGUCUUCAAGCUGCAUGGUUACGAGACGACCCGGCGACGUCAGCCUUUUGUUCCAGGGCCGUACAUGCACACCAGAACGCUUAUUUGCCAAAACCAGUUUCACACUCUGCCAUUUAUGACCACUUGCCCUUAAACCUACUUUCUUUUUUUUAACUUAUUUUUUAUACGCCGUGUAAAUCUUCAUUAUCAAUACUCUCAUUGGGGCCUCUCCUUCAGUAAACACCGUAGCCACAAAGUUCUUCCAAGGUUGCUGUACGUGGGGGGUGGGAGAGAAGAGUCAUGGCCCCCGACAGACUGAGCAUCACUCCUUUCAGCUGGCGGGGUGUUUUCAAUGCAGGUUUUAUUUGUAGAUAUAUAUAUAUAUUAAAAAAAAAAAA